CAUUCCUGGCUGGUUUAACACUUUUAAUAAUGGUCUUUGGGUAUGUUUUGUAGACCAAGUAAAUAAAUGAUUUUGAAGGCCCUAGUUGGAUCACAAAUGAAUAUUAUACAUGAUAAUUGUUGACUGGCUACAGUAAAAAGCCUCACUGAAUAUUUAUUUAUUCUAACAAAAUUUUUUAGCUUUAUUUAUUUGAUAUGAAUGAGUAAAUAAGCAUAAGUAUGCAAGUAUUUGUGUGUACCAUGUGCAUUUCUGGUGCCCUCAGAGAUCCAAAGAAAGCACUGGAUCCCUGGAAUUGGAGUUACUCUGAUUGGGAGCUGGGGUGCUGGUAAACGAAGCCAGUCGUCUGCAAAAGCGGCAAACCCAGUUCUAACCACUGAGCCACCUCUGUGGCCCCCAACGAAUAGACACAUUUUUGAGGCUUUCCUAACCUUUUUUUAACAGUCCCAUUAAUAGCUCUUUAUUAUUUUUCUGAUUAUGUAAGUGAUCAGUGAAUAGCCAUGUGAUUUAGUCUGGAAAUUUAGUAUUGUUGUGCGCCACCCCACUCCACCCCCUCAGUUCUUGGAUCUUGUGGGAUUAAUGAAAAGAUUUACUACUAGAUCCAUUAUGGAAAAAAUGAUCAGAACUGUAUUGUCUAUAAUAGUCUAUUUAACUAUAAAAUCUAUUCAUUGACUAACUUCUCAUGCUUUGGGGUAGAAAUUAGCCAAAAGUACCUUUAAAAUUGAGCCAAUAUCUUCCCCCACCCCCCCAAAAAAAACCAAAAAAAGAUAAGAUGAGGAAACUUGCAAAAGCUUGCACCUGCUAGUAUUUAUUUAUAAUAUAUAUAUUCUCCUGUGAAUAGAUGUGUACCAGAGAAGCAGAAAUACUAGACACAGCUUAUGUUUACCUAGAGUUCUGUAGAUUUGAUUUUUAAAUAUCUUUUGAGAGAAGAGGGCUGUUUUGGGAAUUCAGUCUGUUCAGCCAAUGGUGUUGGGGUUACUAGCCCUAUGGGGCAUGGUCUUCUUGGAGUAUGUGACCAAAUAAGAAUGGAGGAAAGGGGUCUCACGCUCUCUCUUGGGUGGUCGGAGCAGGAGCAAGCAGCGGAGAAGUGUGGCUUGCAGUUGGUUCCCAUCACCCUUGAACAGGAGAGCAGGACAACGACAGCUGGGUCAGCAGCGGCAUCUGCUUUGUUCUGUGUCAGUUUCGCAGGCCAUCAUGGCAGUCAAGUGGACUGGUGGACAUUCUUCUUCUAUCCUCUGCCUGAAUGCAAGUAAAGAUGGGCUGGUGGCUUCAGGAGCAGAGGGUGGAGAUCUUGUGGCUUGGGGUGAAGACGGGACUCCACUAGGACACGUGCAGCUGGAAGGGGCCAAUGAUGUCACCAGCGUCUUGUUUUCUCACUCCUGCCCCACCACGCUCUAUGCCUCCCACGGGGAAACCAUCAGUUUACUAGAUGUCAGGUCUCUAAAAGGGUUCGUGGACCAUUUUCACGUGAAUGAUGAAGAAAUCAAUUGUCUUUCACUAAAUGAACCCGAAAGUCUGUUGGCUUCUGCUGAUGACUCUGGGGCAAUCAAAAUCCUGGACUUGGAAAAGAAGAAAGUUACCAGAUCCCUGAAGAGACAUUCUAACAUCUGUUCUGCUGUAGCUUUCCGACCUCAGAGGCCUCAGAGCCUGGUGUCAUGCGGCCUGGAUAUGCAGGUGAUGCUGUGGAGUCUUCAAAAAGCCCGUCCCGUCUGGAUUACGAAUUUACAAGAAGAUGAAACAGAGGAAAUGGAAGGCCCCCAGUCCCCCGGUCGGCUCCUAAACCCUGCACUAGCCCACUCUGUCUCUGUGGCAUCAUGUGGCAAUGUUUUCAGCUGUGGUGCAGAGGAUGGUAAGGUGCGCAUCUUCAGGGUGAUGGGAGUCAAAUGUGAUCGAGAAUUGGGAUUUAAGGGUCACACUUUGGGGGUAUCCCAGGUCUGCUUUGUGCCUGAGUCCUAUCUGCUGCUUACUGGAGGGAAUGAUGGGAAGAUAAGGUUGUGGGAUGUGAGCAGUGAAAUAGAGAAGAAACAGAAGAGUCCUGCAAAGCACACCCACAGGAAGAAAGCAAAAAGAGCAGCGUGCCCCAAGCAGGGUGGUGAGAACUCCAGUGCCACAGCAGCGGAUGAGGAGGGACAUGCGAGGACUGUGCCAAAGCUGGACAUUGAACAUGGGGAAAAAGUGAACUGGCUCUUGAGUACCCAGAUAAAAGGGCACCGAAGCCUCUUAGUGGCUGAUCAGACGAGCUGUGUGUCUGUGUACCCCUUAAAUGAACUUUAGGCCCAAUAAAAAGCACUGUAGAACUCUGAUAAAGUCUUUUUG